AAUGGAUAAACAAAAGGGUUGCGACAUCCCAGGAAUACACAUUCAUCAAACGAAGGAGAUCGAAGAACAAUAUCAGUUAUUGAAUCGUGAACGAUCCCGUAUCAACGAAGAAUUAGCACACGAGAAGGCAGAUGAACAACAAAUAAACCAAAAAUUAAUGAGGUUUUUGGACCUUGAUAGGCAAAUAGAAUGGAGGAUGUUGGAAAUUGAGAAUCUUCAACGUUGGGAUCCAGAUAAACUCAAGCUAAAUUUGCCAAUCAGUUCCGUAUCCAGAACAACACGUGUUUAUUGUUUGACAGGAAAAGAUGCUCAAACACCCGUAAGGCCAGAUCUAAAACGUUGCCAGAAAAGGCUUGUCAAGAAAGGGAGUAUGGACAUCAAUUAUCUGAAAGAAGUUCAAGAAGAACAUAUAUGUUCAAUGAAAUCAAGUGAGAUACCAUAUUCUGGCACACAAGAACUUAACGAUAUGAUCGAGAGCAUGUUGCAAAGGAUCCAUCAUGGGAACAAGAAACGGGCUGAUGAAAUGAAAAUAUAUGAAGAAUUAAGCAACUUCUUGGAGACAAAGGAAAGUUACAUCGCACCAGAACCCCGCCCUCAUUGGUACACACUACAACGAAGAUCAAAGCGAUAUACCGAUUAUGAUCGAUAUAGAUGGCAACAUAGCCUAAGUAUUCGGUUGGACUACAUUGAAAUACAAAAGAGGGAACAAAUCGAACGUCAAGCAAGAGUUAAACGACUUAAAGCCAAGUUGCAAUAUGUGAGAAAGAAGAUCAAUUAUUUAAACAAGAAGCUUGAAAAUAUUGAUUCAAAGAUACUUAAGGCCUACAAACGUGCCAAUGAGCUUGGAGACAACUUGAAAGAGUUGGUAUCAUAAAAUUCUUUUUCCAUUUUGGAAAACACAAAUACAUAUUAACUUCUAAAUUUUGAUGCAGUAUUCUAGCUGGUCAUAUGAUUUUAGAAGUAACAAUCAUAAUGUGAUCUUUCAUGGUUGUGACUUGUGAGUGUUUGGUUUGAUGGGUUCAUGAGGCAAUUGAAUAGGGCUGGCCUGGCUACCCAGUAUUUAAUACAAAAGUAAUAAAAUUUGUAAUCCUCUUACAUGGAAUACAAAUUGGUGACCUUUCAUUAUGAUAUAUUAUUACAUGUUCUUGGAACUGUUUUUUUUUAAUGUUGGAUAGGCAAUUUUAUAUGAUUCCUAUCUUGUAAAUUUCUUUCUAUUUUUAUACAUUUCUCUACCUAAUUUAAGUAUGCUACUCUA